AAAGUAAGAACAACGUCUAAACGCAGCUUCCAGCCCUCCUCCGCGCCGGUUAGCCGCGGCUCGGUUUCAGGAAGGACGGAUUAACGGACGCGGUUCUCUCCUCCUCAACGCGCCGUCGUGUUCGUUCACGUUUGUUUAAUUCACGUCUCGGCAUCUGUUGUCGUUUGACGUCCGCUCAAGAUGACGAGUAACAAGGCGUUUCAUUCCCAGCUCACGUCCAUCAUGGAGGCACUAACCAAAGCGGCGGUGGCGGAGAUCUGCGAACUGGUGGACGACAGCUACGCCGUGUUGCAGAUGGAGAUCACCCGGAGCCACAAGGAGAACGAGGCGCUGAGGAGGAAGCUGGAGAUGAUCGAGACCAUCAUCGCUCGGGGAUACCGGGGGAACGCCGCCGGGCUGGAUUACUGCGGGGAGGGGGCGGCCGGCGGGGGGCUGAUGGAUUUCACGGGCGAACGGGCCUUGCUGACCGGAGUGGGGACCAAACAGCUGAAAGCCACCCUCAGAGGAAGUGGAAGGGUCCCGGUGUUGGAGGUGACCACAGAGCUGAGCCCUGCAACCAAAGAGGAUUCGUCGACAGCUGCUGCAGAGGAGCUGAAAGACCAGGGCGUCGUUUUGAUAAAGCAGGAAACUGCGAAAGAGGAGGUGAACAGCGACGAGCCGAUGGACGAGCUGCUCCUCAAAGACGAGGUGCAGCUGUCAGGUGCAGACGACAGCGAAGAAGGACCCUCUGGGAUGAUGAUCUCCACCUCUGCGGCCGACGUGAGGCCGUGGGAUCAGAGCAGCAACGGGACGUCCGAGCACCAAGAAUCCCACAGUGCACUGGGGUCUCCGGGCCCUGCGGGGGCCGUCGAGGGCAGCUCUUCAGAUGUCGUGUUUGACUUGGCCUCGGAGUCCGCAGUCCAGACGAGGAAGCCGUUCCUCCUCGGGUCAGGAGGAAGCCCCGCCUCCAUGCCCGGGACCUGCGAGCUGAAGAGGGGCGUGUCUCUGAUCAGCUCCCUCCCCUGCGACACAGAGCUGGAUCUGUGCACCUCGUGGACCAAUCAGGGCCUGCCAAGCAUGGUGCCUGUCGCUCAGCGGCCGACGCUCCUGGACAAAGUGUCGGACCUGAACGCUACGGGUUUCCCCUUAGCGCUGGGUCUCGGCAGAUCCAGACUGGACCCUUUGGACCUGAACAGGUACUGCAGGGACAGGCGCUUCGUCUGCAGCUACUGCGGGAAGUGCUUCACGUCGUCCCGGAGCCUGGAGACACACGUGCGCGUCCACACAGGCGAGCGGCCGUACAGCUGCGCUCAGUGCGGGAAGCGCUUCACGCAGUCGGGACACCUGAAGACGCACCAGAGCGUCCACACCGGAGAGCGGCCGUUCGCCUGCGAGCAUUGUGGGAAAAGAUUCGCCGGCAAGCAGAACCUGAGGAUCCAUCAGCAGAAACACCAUCCAGCCGAGCGGGCCGCCGCUCCCGUUUAACUCAACAGGAAGUACGUGAGACAAACACUGUCAGAGCUGAACGCUGUGGCGUGACCGGCUGAAAUACAGCACUGUGAGGCGCUGAGGAGAUCUAAACUGUGAGAGAGCAGAACCUCGCUGCUGCCACUGAACUCUCUUCUUUUUAAAGCUGAAGGAUUUUAAAGAUUUCCAUUAAACACCUGAUCAAUAAGUAUGACUCUUUUCAUUUUGUCAGGCCUUACACAUUUUUAACCCUCUAAACUGCCUUGACCGACAUCUGAGACGAAGCAAAAUGGGACUACGACCUGAAAAUGAUCCUUACCUCAAAAAGAACGAAGGCCAUUCUGGGUCCAGUUGAGCAACGACCGCCUGCUGAAAAUGACUCCGGCCGAGAGCGCCACCUGUAAGAAGCACGUGAAUGGUUACUGGUUGGUGUGUAGCUGGAAUUAAAAGUGUGCAAUCAUGGAUGAGCAGUUCGUGUCGCUCGGCGCGUUUUGUGUCUGUAAAGAGUGACAGAAACUACUUCACAGCAGUCAACAAGCAGAGUAAAGAAACAGAGUAAAGACACAGAGUAAAGGGUGAAACAUUUGCCUGUGAGAUGUAGUUGAGUAGAUUUGUAGAGCAGCAGAAAAUUAAAAGUAGUCAAGUACUUGAGUAAAUGUACUCAGUUACUCUCCAGCACUGGAGACGAUGUGAUGUUUUAUACGUCCCGUCUGUCUGUGUUGGACUGCUCUCUUCACAGCGUCCAACAGAGUCACAAACAAUCGGCUUUUACUCAACAGAAGCUCGGAGAGGCGUCGGCUGACUGGACGCUCGGCCUCGAACAGCGUGGUGUCUGCAGGUGUUCAGAGGUUUAAACUUCAUCCUUCGCCCUGGAAACAGCAGUUAAUGAAACGGUCCCACCACAGGUCCUUUACGUGUCUGCUCCGGAGCUUUGUUUUAUUAUUAUGUGGAAAUUUGCCGACAUUUUAAACUGAUGAGCAGAAAGUAAUGAGUGAUUGGUGAUGGAAGUUAUCGUUAGUGUCGGCACUACGUGAACAACUUAAAAGCUGAGACUGAAUUCUGCUGAGGAAGCUCAUAGAAAAAUACACAAAAACUACUAAAUGGACGUCGUGGUGAGACCGUUAAGUCGACUGCAGAUGAAGCACUCACACUUCAAAGUUUAAACUCUUGCGUAUCUCAUUCGUACUUUCAGACAGAAAUUCCACUCGAACCGUAAAAUGUUCCACAUCCUUCAUACAUUCUCAGGAUUGUUCAACUUUCAAACAGCCUCAUCUUCACCCUCUUCCAACUCAUUCAAACCAGAAACAGGUGAAGACACCUGGGUCACAUUGACUGAGCUUUUUCAUCGUUUAACAUUUUGCACUGACGCUCAAACUGCCUCAGUUUGCUCUGAUGCUCCGUGCUUUCAAAUCUGAAGAUUACAAUUACAUCUUAUUUGCAUAAGAAAAGUAAUACACUGAUGUCCCAGCAGCUAGAAGACAGCAUUAGCAUUAGCAUCAUGGUUAGUGUCACCAGUCUGUUAACUGUUAGUGGGGUUUGAAGCAUCAGUACUGCUGCUAUGGUUACCUGUAGGUUGAAACUCCUUGAGCUAUGAUUUAAGAUAAAUGGUUUUAACAGAUACCUGCCAGCCAAUCAGAAGUGAAGAUUUUCUGUUGCUGGGUCAAACUUUGUAUUUGCUGUUUGUUUCCAGCCUGAACAAAAGCAGCACACAUGAACGCUGCUCACCAUUCACACAGUAGAAAAACAGCUUUUCACUGAGCACACAAAAGAAACCAUUUAACAACACACUCACACUCACAGGCCUGCUGACUGCUGUCAGUUUGGAAGAUGCAGGAAAUCAUCACUGACUCGGUCAGGUUUGAAUUUCAAGCUGCGUUACUGUGUUGAAUCACAACGCUGAAAACAGCAGCGCUGACCCUGAAGGACUCUGCGCUGUUUCACAAUCAAUGUAAUAAUAAUAAAGUUAUCGCAGGAUAAUGUGCCGACUCCCUGCAGACAACAUUCAAAUACACAAAAUCUCAUGUUUGCCAUCUCCUGAAAUGUUCGUGGAUGCUACAAUGUGGAUAUUUUUCUGGUCAGAACUGUGCAGCACUGUGAUAGACCAACCAAAAAGUAUACCAUCCUCAUAUCUAUUAUAUGGAAGGAUAUAAAUACAAAAUAAAAUACCUGUUACUAUUUCUCUUUUAACUUCCCCUUUUAUUCUAUCUGCAUA